UAUAAUAUAAGUAAAGUCCUAAAACAAAAUAAUCCGCCGAAAUCAUGGGUCCAAGUGCAAACUAGAAAAAGGAUAAAAUCUUGUAAAAAAUUUCAACGGUCGAGAUCUCUCCAGUUGCCAUCAAAUCGCCUUUUCGUCUUGUAGCAGCCACCCAAUUAUUACUCAGAUAAAAAAGCAAUGAAAACUACAGGGAGUGGGAAAAAAAGAGAUAAGGUUCGAGAGGGGAGAACCAGAGUUUGCUCUCUCUCUCUCUCUCUCUCUCGAUUCUUCGAGCGAUGGAAUCCCACGUAGAUCCCUUCCUCGUCGAGGCCCUCGAGAACCCUCGACAUCGGUUGACUGUUUUACGGAUGGAGUUAGACAUCCAGAAGUUCGUGCGGAAUCCUAAUCAACACCAAUUUGAAUUCCAUCAUCUACCAACCUCAUAUCUGAGAUGUGCGGCUCACCGCGUUGCUCAACAUUAUGGUCUCCAAACAUUUUCUCUUGACAACACUAUAGAUUCUUUGGGUACACUAGGAAGCAAAAUCUUAGCCAUAAAAACACCGGGAAGUAAAUUCCCAACUGUAUGUUUAUCAGAAAUUCCUGCCAAGCAAACAGAAAAUAAAGUCACAGAACAAUUGAAGAUUGCCAUUCGUCAGAGACCUAGUAAAACUUCUUUAAGCGAUAGAACAGAGCUUGAAAAUAGGAAGAAUUCUAUGAGAACGGUUGAGGAGAGGAAGGAAGAGUAUGAAAAGGCACGGGCCCGUAUCUUCAACAGUCCUAUCUCCAGAGAAGAAGGCUGUUCUAUGACUUCAUCUGAUGAAUUAGAAUGCUCUGUUAGGACAUUUGGUGAGAGUGAAAAGGCGCAUGAUGCUGCUUCCAAAGUUGCUAUUCUCAGGGACCAAGAAAAGGAUCGUUUUGAUCCAGAUUAUGACCGUAGUUACAACAGGUAUGUGAGAGGUCUUACAACGACCCAGAAUUCGGCAUUAUGUCUAUGCAAUGUCACUCAGCCUCCCCUCGUUCAGUAUGAAGCAUGCCCUCAAAUUGGUCAUUUGUUGAGGAAUCACAAUCCUAUCAGCUACGCGCCAUCAAACACAGCUGUUACUGCACCAUGUGCUUUUGGAUGCAACUAUAUGCAAUGGCCUUGCCCUACUAUGAUGUAUGCACAAUCUUAUGGGCAUUUCAGACAUGCAAUGCCUCAGGCUCCAGCCUAUCAGCAGUCUCUGAGCUUUGAGCACACACCACACUGCUAUAGAUGACCCGUAAAGGUGUGCAUUGGCUUUUAUGUUACAUUAGGUCCUCUAAAGUUUUACGAAGUACUUCAAAUUGUCGAUCAGUAUAUUUUUCUUUUUAGUCUAUGAAUCCUGUUAGCAAGGAAUUAUGUAGUAACCUAGUAGUACAAUUAUUAGUGAUUUUCAUGGUUAGCUUUUGUAUUUUCUUUUUGAUAACCUUUAUUCUAUUGACCUACAUGGCUACAUGUGUUGCUCAAUAUUAUGUUUUACAUCCUAUUUUUUAA